AUGAUUAGAGCAAAGAUAAAGGUUGUCCAAGAUAGACAAAAGAGCUACCAUGAUCAGCAAAAGAAGGCAUUAGAAUUUCAAGUUGGCGAUCAUGUGUUUUGGAGAGUCUCACCCAUUACUGGAGUUGGUAGGGCAUUGAAAUCUCGAAAGCUAUCUCCUAAAUUCAUUGGACCAUUCGAAGUUCUGAGUAAAGUUGGUCCUGUAGCCUAUCAUAUUGCCUUACCCCCAAAUCUGUCCAAUUUGCAUCCUUUGUUUCAUGUAUCGCAAUUGAGGAAAUACAUUCUAGACCUUUCUCAUGUAAUUGAAUUUGAUCCUGUCCAAGUUCACGAGAAUUUGUCAUAUGAUGUUUUCCUUGUGAAGAUUGUGGAUCAUCGAAUCAAACAGCUAAGGGGUAAAGAUAUUUCAUUGGUAAAGGUGAUCUGGAACGCAAGUGAUGAAGGAGAUACCACUUGUGAACCGAAAGACAAAAUGAAGGAAGCGUAUCCUCAUCUCUUCUUCAAUCAGUGA